UAAUAAACUAAUUAACAGUGGUAGCAAAUCGAACAAUAAAUCAUUUCCCCCAUAUUUCCCCUAAUUAUGCAAAACCGGACCAGCCCCUGUGGCAGAUAAAUUUUCUGCAAUGACACAAUGGCAUAGCAGAUAUAAACAAUAAGAACUGUCAUUUUUUGGUUAAUUUCUGUAUUGUAUGUAAAAUUGUAAAUGUAUAUAAAGUUAUAACAUAUGAUUAACUAUAAAUUGUGCGGUAUUUAAUUAAUAAUAAUGUCAAUGCCAGCGAAAAAUAAAAUAACUGGUCCUAUUGAAAAAACAAUACGACUAGAACUAGAUUUGUUUGAACCUUCUAGAGAUUCUUAUCCUGAAUUUAAUUUUUUAGAAUUAGCGCGAAUACAAGAGGAGAAAGAAAAAGAAAUUAUAAAGAAAAAGGAGCUGCAAAAAGCAAAUGGAUUGCCCCCUGAUCCUAUAGAUGAGGAUGAUCUAUUAAGGAUAGCAAAACAUUUUGAAAAAAAAUAUAAUAGUACAACAUAUGGUUCAGUCAGAUUAUCUAGAGGGGUAAGACGUGAUGAAUAUGCCGAUAUUGCUGCUGGAUAUGAUGAAUCAGAUUCCUUUAUAGAUAAUACCGAUGCAUAUGAUGAGAUGAUACCACGGAAUUUAGAAACUAAAAUGGGUGGUUUCUACAUAAAUUGUGGACCAUUGGAAUACGAAAAACUACCUAAUUGUGAAGGAGACACACCGAGCAUUAGAACACAUAAAAGACAGCUAUCUUCUUCUACUUCGGCGACCAGUUCUGAUGAAAGUACGGCCCAGAAAGAGAAGAAAAAUCUGAACAAGAAAGUUUGUCUAAGUAGUAACAAUUCAAGUGAAAGUAGUAAAAAUGGAAAAUCAAAUAAUGGUUCUGUUAAAUCGAGUGUGGUCAAGGAAAAAGUGAAUAGUAAUCCAAUACCCAAUAAUGGCCAAAAGACUGAAGAGAGAUCAAAAGCUAACACUGUGAAAGAUACUGAAAGAAGUAAAAAAAUUAGUAAAGGAGAUAAUGAGAAGAAAGGUUCCGGCAAUGAAUCAUCAUCUAUUAAACCUGGUCAAAUUAGUUGUAAAAAAUUAUCUGAAUUAAGUAGUAAUGUUAAUAGUAUUGUUAAGACGUCUUCCAAUAUAAUGACACACACAAAUAAAGAUAUUGGAGCCUAUUCGAACUUUGAAAGCACUGCCAAAAAACAAACAAAUGUGAAACCUGCUGAAAAUGGAGAUGAGAAUCAAAGAAAAGCUUUUGUAGUUCAAGAAUUAUUAAGGCAGAAACAAAAGUUUUUGGAUUUGUCAGUGGAGUUGGUCAAUCCUGAAGGAAAACCAACAUCUGAUUUAACUCGAGUGGAUUCUGUGAUCAACCAUAAUAAUCACAUUUUGUAAUUCCUGAUAAGACAUUUGUUUUUCGGAAAUAUGAAACUCAUGUACAUAAGACUAUAAAUUUAAGUUUAGAUCGAUAGCUAAUUGAGAAAAAUUUUAAGAUAGCUUUGUGUAAGUCUUGAAAUUUUUUUCACUAACCUUAUUUAGUCACU